GUUCUUUUCUGUUUUCCACAGCGGUUCGUGAUCUUCAACCAGUUCAACAGACCACCCACUUUCCCCUCAUUUUUUGUUCCCGUCUCCGAUUAAUCGCGGCAACUAUGCGGGAGUGCAUAUCGGUUCACGUGGGCCAGGCCGGAGUCCAGAUCGGCAACGCCUGCUGGGAGCUCUACUGCCUGGAGCACGGCAUCCAGCCGGACGGCGAGAUGGCAAGCGACAGGAUCCGCGGAGGAGGGAACGACUCGUUCAGUACCUUCUUCAACGGGACCGGUGCCGGCAAGUACGUGCCGCGAGCGGUGUAUGUGGACCUCGAGCCCACCGUCGUGGAUGAAGUGCGCACCGGCACCUACAGGCAGCUCUUCCACCCGGAGCAGUUGAUCACGGGCAAGGAGGAUGCUGCCAACAACUACGCGCGCGGCCACUACACUAUCGGCAAGGAGAUUGUGGACCUCGUGAUGGACCGGAUUCGGAAGCUGGCGGACCAGUGCACGGGCCUGCAGGGCUUCCUCAUCUUUCGCAGCUUCGGGGGUGGAACCGGGUCGGGCUUCGCCUCCCUCCUCAUGGAGCGCCUGUCGGUGGACUACGCCAAGAAGUCCAAGUUGGAGUUCGCAAUCUACCCCGCUCCGCAGGUCUCUACGGCUGUUGUUGAGCCGUACAACUCCAUCCUCACAACACACACUACACUGGAGCAUUCGGACUGCUCGUUCAUGGUUGACAACGAGGCAAUCUUUGAGAUCUGCCGCCGUAACCUCGACAUCGGGCGGCCGAGUUACACCAACUUGAACCGACUAAUCAGUCAAGUUGUUUCCUCAAUCACGGCUUCCCUGCGCUUCGACGGUUCCCUCAACGUCGACCUGACCGAGUUCCAGACCAACUUGGUGCCGUACCCGCGCAUCCACUUCCCACUGGUCGCGUAUGCCCCGGUCAUCUCUGCGGAGAAGGCCUACCACGAGCAGCUGACGGUCUCCGAGAUCACCAACUCGUGCUUCGAGCCGGUCAACCAGAUGGUGAAGUGCGACCCCCGCCACGGCAAGUACAUGGCCUGCUGCCUGCUCUACCGGGGAGACGUGGUUCCCAAGGACGUGAACGCAGCCAUUGCGGCCAUCAAGACCAAAAGCAGCAUCCGAUUUGUGGACUGGUGCCCCACUGGAUUCAAGGUUGGCAUCAACUACCAGCCGCCCACCGUGGUUCCCGGGGGUGACCUGGCCAAGGUGCAGCGUGCCGUGUGCAUGCUGUCCAACACCACGGCCAUUGCCGAGGCCUGGGCCCGCUUGAACCACAAGUUCGAUCUCAUGUAUGCCAAGAGGGCUUUCGUGCAUUGGUACGUGGGCGAAGGCAUGGAGGAGGGAGAGUUCUCCGAGGCCAGAGAGGACCUGGCUGCUCUCGAGAAGGACUACGAGGAGGUCGGCAUGGACUCGGCCGAAGACGACGGAGGGGAAGAGUUCUAAGUCACGUUUGAAUGCUUGCCCUCCUUCUCAGGGCCCUGUAAUAAGUAAAAGGCAGUACGGACAAACGGCGCGCAAUAAAAAGUUAAAAAAAGACUGAGUUUGUGGGUA